UAUGAAUUUAUCUGCCAGAUCUUAUAUGCCAACCUAAAAAUCCAUUUCACCUUUGAUUGAUCGGAAUACUAAAAAGCGUACUCUCACAAUUUAAGAGCUUACAAAAUCUUCUAAGAGCACAAAUAAAAUAAUUACAGAAAAAUCCACUGAAAAAAAAUUGAUUUCCAAUAGUUCUUAAGAAACUUCAGAAACCUGUUUAACUAGAAAUGACUCUGCAUAAGACAACAAUAGAUUAUAGUAAUUGAAAAUUAGAGUUUUAACGUACAUAUUUAUAUCUCAAAAAACUUAGCGAAAAAGUCUAACAGAUUGAAAAAUUUGAUCUCUGUAAAACUACCCUCUUGCUCAAAGAACUCCAGUACUAUCGUGCUAAGCCUCUAAAUAGUUCAAAUACUUCUGUAAUGGCUGCUUUGGCCUUAGCACGUACCUGAUGUUUUAAGAAUUACUUUUUAGAUACUUAUAAUUAUAAUACAUAAC